UUUAUAGUGAUUGACAGGCAAACAAUCAUCAUUCCAUUUUUGAUUCACAAAUUAUUUUAUCAAUUCAAUCAGAACCUACUUGAGUUCAUGCAAUCAUUCAAGUUCACAUCUACAGAUGAAUCACAUGACAUAGACCUUGAUUCAUUCAAACGCGGUCGAGACUAAAAUUGAAUUGUGUGAUCGAAUUUCAUGAUCGAGUUUAAAGAAGAUAUCAUAGAUUAUUUAGUACAAAAAUCUCAUGCAAUGAUGAUAUUUUUUUUUAUAUUUAAUAUUAUUUCUUCUUUAUUUUUAAUAUCAGAAGUGAAUGGUGCUAAAGUAACAAAACAAGGAAAUGCAACAACAAAUUGUGGCUGUUCGGAUAAAAUAAUUUCAUUUUUUAGAGACAAUAGUUUAAAUAUAUUGUCUCAAAAUGAAAAUGAUCAAACUCCACUCUGUUUUGCAGUAGGCCGAAAUAAUUGGCAUAUAUUAAAAACGCUCCGACGAAAUAAUGGAAAUGUAAAUGUUCAAGAUGCUAAAGGUCAAACUUUACUUCAUAUAGUAAUUGAAGAGAGCCGUUUAAAUAUUAUUAAAACACUUUUAGAGCAUAAUGCUGAUGUAAACAUUCAAGAUAAGGAUGGUGAAACACCACUUCAUUUAGCUACUGAGAAAAAAAAUUUCAAUAUUGUUAUGAUACUUCUGCAACAUAAUGCAGAUGUAAAUAUCCAAAAUAAAUAUGGUGAAACUUCACUUCAUUCAGCAGUUAAAAUAAAAAGUGUGAAAAUUGUCAAAAUGCUUCUGAAACAUCAGGCAGAAGUAAAUAUUCAAGAUGUAUAUGGUUGGACACCACUUCAUUGGGCAACUGAAGAAAAUACUCUAAAUAUUGCAAAGUUACUUUUACAAAAUAAUGCUGAUGUGAAUAUUCGAGAUAUGGAUGACUGGACACCACUUUUCUCAGCAAUUCGAAGAAAUGCUAAACGUGUGAUUGAAAAGCUAUUGCAAUAUAAUGCCGAUGUAAAUGUUCGAGAAAAAAAUGGCUUGACUCCACUUCAUUAUGCUAUAAAUAAACAAUGUGACUGUAUUGCUUUACUCAAACAGCAAAUAGUUAAAUUAAAAGCUGCUAAAUUAUUUGUUCGUAAGGAUAUAUUAAAAUUAGUCUACAAUUCAACAAAAAACAUGACUUCAGCAUGGAUUAGUUCCUAUGAGAAUGAUUGUAAGCAAGAAUUAUCUAAAAUGAAGAAGGAAAAGCCAAAUAAUAGUAGUAUAUCUUUCUAUGAUCUUCUAGUUAAAAAUUUAAACAGUCAGAUAAAUAUUACUAAUCAUGAAAAUAUUGUAAUUGCAUUAAAUUCAAACAAAUUAAAAAAGAAAUUUCCCUUAUAUGCUGGGAUUUUGAAAAGUCGUUUUCAAGAUGGACAAAAGCAGAAUGAAUAG